UCAACAGCUGGCUGGUAGUUUUGAUUGAGUUUUAAUUUGUUGAUCGCGAUUCGCGAUAUUGCAAUCAUCGAUUCACCGCAAUUUGAAAACAAAAGAGUUGUGUGUGUCCAUGUGUGUCUAAUUUCCUGAAAUCGCAUUGUAUGACAAGGUCACAUUUUGUUUUUGUUAACAAAAAACAUUAGUAUUAAUUUGACGAGAUCGCGUUGAAAGUGCGAUGAGUUAUUAAAAUAAUUUAUAAAUAUUUACUUUUGUGUGAUAUUUAAAAUUGAUUUGACGAUAAUGGAUGUGACGGGUUCUAUUAACAACGAGCCAACUGUGGACACGAUAGAGAAUGAGGAGGAAAUAAUUGACGACUCAGAGGAAAGGGAGUUGGUGACUGACUCGUGUUCCACGAAGGUCUUGGACUCCUCGGAGCAGCCUGUGGACCGAUACCGGAUCGUGUACAUUCUGUUCUAUCUCUUUGGAGUCACUUCCUUGGUCCCUUGGAACUUUUUGAUGACUGCAAAUGAUUACUGGAUGUACAAGUUCCGAGAUGUCACCCCGAACAAUCUUACGAUGGCAGCGCCGGUCCGCAAGUCUCAGUUCCAGGCGGAGUUCACGUCGUACCUUAACGUGGCCACGGCCAUUCCCAACUUGAUAUUCCUCAUUCUAAACUCACUCUAUGGGCAUUUGGUGCCCCUCAAAAAUAGAUUGCAAGGCUCACUGGUCAUCGUCACAUUAGCAUUUCUGGUGACCACAGCUUUAGUACAGGUGGAUACGGAUGAGUGGCAAAAUACUUUCUUCAUCAUCACUAUGGUUACUGUGGUCAUAAUGACUGCGGCCAGUGCAGUCUUCAUCGGCGGCCUAGUGGGCAUUGCCAGCCGCUUCUCCAAAGAAUACAUGGCCGCCGUUGUGGCCGGUCAGUCUCUGGGCGGAAUUAUAGCAGCUGUCGCCCAGAUCAUCUCUCUGGCUUUCAAGAUCUCACCCCUACACAGUGCUCUGAUCUACUUCAUCAUAGCAGACGUCAUGGUCAUCAGCUCGCUGAUAUCCUACGCGAUGCUGUAUAAAAUUGACUUCUUCACUCAUCAUAUUUUACGAGGCUGUGGAGGCAUGGCAACCAACAGGCACAGAGAGGUUUCGAUGCUGCUCAUCUUGAAGAAAAUCUGGGUGUACGCGUUCAGUAUCUUCGCGGUUUUCGCGAUCAGUAUGGCGGUGUAUCCUGGUAUUACCGUGCUGGUGGAAUCUCACCCAGUGACCCAAGGGACGGAUUGGAAUAAUAUUUUCUUCGUGCCCGUCGUCAACUACUUGAUUUUCAACUGUGGCGACUACUCUGGGAGACUGGUCGCUGGGUUCUUCCUAGUGCCGGACAACCAGUGGAUCACGGCGGGCGCGAGCUUACUGCGCGUGAUCGGCGUGCCGAUGCUGAUGCUGUGCAACGCCAAGCCGCGCCGGCACCUGCCCGUGGUGUUCCUGUGGGACUGGGAGUACAUCAUCAUCAUGGUGCUGUUCUCAUUCUCCAACGGGUACCUCACUAACAUCGUCAUGAUCAACUCCACGCGAGCGGUAGAACUCCACGAGCGUGAGAAGGCUUCGUCCGUGAUCGCCACCAUGAUCGCCGUGGGGCUAACGGCCGGCGCCGCCGUCGGCAUGCUGCUAGUACAUCUACUGUAAACUGCUUGGAUUGGAACUGCCAGGUAAAGCCCGCGGGCAGGGUCACCUUGCACGUAG